AUGGCGGCCAGAAGUCCGAACAAAAAAGACCCGGUCAUCAUUGUGGGUGCGGGCGCCUUUGGCCUCAGUACAGCUCUGCACCUUGCCCGUCGCGGUUAUACCAGUGUGACUGUGUUUGACAAACAACCGUACGACGAAUCGCUAUACUCGUACUUCAAGGGUUGCGAUGCGGCAUCUGCAGAUAUCAACAAGAUCAUCAGAGCAGGGUAUGGCAAGGAUAUAAUCUAUCAGGAUAUAACUCUCGAAGCUGUGGAAGGCUGGAAUCAGUGGAACGCCGAACUACAGAGCGGCCAGACGGUUCCUCCAGGUAUGACUACUUCGGAUCGUGUUUGGGUCAACAAUGGACAUUUAUCCAUGACCGAUGGUCCUGUAUUGCCUCCUUUUGAGCAAGCUAGCCUCAAGUCUAUGCCCAAGAACACCCAGCUCGUCACUACCAAUGCACACGAUCAACAAUUGGCAAAGUCACUCGGCCUAAAUCUCGAGCCGUUCAAGAGACAAACCCCCGGCCGACCAAACGUGGCCCUGUUUGAUCGCACAGGUGGUAUGACAUAUGCCGACAAGGGCUGUCGCUUUGCGCUACACAAGGCUCGUAGCUACGGCGCCAAAUUCGUCCUCGACCCUGUAGCAGGCGAACUGAAGCAACUACUGCAUAACGAGAAGGACAACGUAAUCGGUAUCCGUACGGCCGAUGGCAAGACACACGGAGCUUCCAUGGUUAUACUCGCAUGCGGAGGCUGGACCCCAUCAAUCCUACCAGCCCUCGAUGGACUAAAUGAGGCCACGGCAGGUUCAGUGGCGCUAUUAAAGAUCCCGAAGAACUCUCCUCUCUACGAUCGGUUCGCGCCCAAGAAUUUCCCCAGCUGGCAGCACAAGAUGCGUGACGGCCAUGUUGGCGGACUAUACGGCUUCCCCCGUACGGACGAUGGGUGGCUCAAAAUCGGCUACCGGGGCACCAAAUACACAAAUCCUCAGGUACAGAGUGAUGGUCACGAACGCAGUGUACCCAUUACUCGAUGGACCAAAGGGGAAACGAUCAAGGCAAUACCAAAACAAGCGCUCAGCGUAAUUCAAACUUUUCUAGAUGACUAUCUGCCCGAACUCGGAGAAGCAGGAAUCCAUAUUUCCAUGACUCGCGUCUGCUGGUAUAAUGAUAGCUUUGACAAUCAUCUUACCGUUGACAGGGUGCCGGGUAGCGAUGGACUAAUGGUGGCGACGAGCGGGAGUGGCCAUGCCUUCAAGUACUUUCCCAGUCUCGGGAACUGGAUUGUUGAUGUGAUGGAAGGGGUUGGCUGCGAUAGACCGGCUAUCAAAGCCUGGAGAUGGAGGGCACUAGGGGAGCAGCAGAGGACUGUUAAUGAAAUUAUGCAGGGUUCGAAGGGGCCUCGGGCAUUAGCUAAUAUAGCAUUGGUUACAGACUCUCGUCUUGGUCCAAGUGCUAGCUUGUAA